GUCCAAUAGCUUUUACUGUCACAACACGUUUUGUUUUCUGUCUUCAGUCGGUUCCAUCUCAUUUGAAUAGUCUUUGAAUAGUUUUUUCUUUGGAAAGGAACAAAAGCUAUUAGACACUACCAUUUCUUUCUAUUGACAUCAAUUUUCUUUCUCCUGAAAUGGCCAACAGUGAAGAACAGGGAGAAAUAGCGCAUUUACGCUCAUUGCUUAAAGACAAAGAAGAUGAAAUUGUUCGGCUAAAGCAACUCAUUGGAACUGGUCUACAUGAGAUUGACAAAGGAGGUGAUUGUUCUUCAAGAACGGAGAAGCUGCCCGCUCGCCCCGACUCAUUGACGAAAGAAGAAGUAUCGCGCUACAGCAGGCAAUUAAUUCUGCCUCAAGUUGGUGCUGAAGGGCAGACGCAAUUGCGCAAGAGUUCGGUGCUGAUUCUAGGAGCCGGAGGACUGGGCUGCCCAGCUGCCAUUUAUUUAGCGGCCGCCGGAGUUGGACAUUUGGGCGUGGUCGACUACGACGUCGUUGAGCUGAGCAAUCUCCACCGGCAGAUUAUGCAUCGCGAGGCGGGCGUCGGGACCUCCAAGGCCGCAUCGCUGGCCCAAGCCGUCCGCUCUCUGAAUUCCCUCGUCCGGGUGACCACUCACGACGUCCAGCUGGAUGGCAGCAACGCGAUGGAAAUCGUUUCUGGCUACGACGUCGUGCUGGAUUGCUCCGACAAUCCGGCGACGCGCUAUUUGAUCAACGACGCCUGCGUUCUCUCCGGCCGGCCUUUGAUCUCGGGCAGUGCCCUCCGCUGGGAAGGUCAAUUGACGGUCUACAAUUAUCGCGACGGACCUUGUUACCGCUGCUUGUACCCGACGCCACCCAAUCCCAAGUUUGUCACCAAUUGCUCCGACGGCGGAGUCAUCGGAGCAGUUCCAGGUUUGAUUGGUACCCUUCAGGCGAUGGAGACCAUCAAGCUUCUUUUGGCCGAGACAAGCAAGUCGACCGGAAUGUCCAGCGAUUGCCGAGUGGCCAGCACUGGCCCAUCGUUCAGUCGCCGACUCUUUGUCUUUGACGGAGAGAGCGGAAUGUUUCGUACCGUUUCGCUUCGCCCCAAGCAGUCGGACUGCGCCGUCUGCGCCAGUCCCGAGUCGAGGACCAUUAGCCGCGUCGACGAUGUCGAUUACGCUCUUUUCUGCGGUCGAGGCCCGCACGACAAGGAAGAAGGAUUGCAAGUGUUAAAGAUGGAGGAUCGCGUGACUGCAACAGAAUUCCGAGACGCCGUUCAGUCGCUGUCAUCGCAGACGACGACGACCAUCACUCGACCGUAUUUGCUGAUUGACGUCCGUCCUCACCUGGAGACGACCAUCUGCCGUCUGCCGGACAGCGUCAAUGUGCCAUUUGAGAGCCUGGAACAACGUGCCGACGAGCUUAAGGAGCUGGUCAGCCAACACUUGCCCCGGAAGGAGACGGGGCAAUCCCUUUUGCCAGAUGUUCGCGGAAACCCGGCCGUGGAGUCGCAGACAUCUGGAGCUUACACCAUCAUCCCCCAGUUCAGCAGCCCUAGUCAGACCGUCAACAUCAAAAUCGGAGAAACUGCCCGUUUACCCUGUGAAGUUCAAAACCUCGGCACUUUUAUGGUUGUGUGGAAGAAAGAGGCGACGCUCAUUUCGGCCGGCAGCACCAAGGUGAUCCGCGACAGUCGCCUCACCGUGGUGGGAACAUCGCUGGACAUCGGCAAAGUAACCAGCAAAGAUUCGGGCAAUUACACGUGCGAGAUCAACACCGACGUCCCUUCUCACGUCAAUAUAGUUCUCAAUGUCCUUGAACCGGCGAAAGUCCGUCGAUUUCCAGAAGAGGGCCGCAUCCAAGCUCGCAAGGGAGAUCCGGUUACUCUGAGAUGCAUUGGCGAAGGUAACCCGCCUCCUUCCAUCAGAUGGAGCAAACCCGGAUAUUACUUCCAAAACGGUGAUGACAAAUUUCAAGGAUCAGUGCUCAGUUUCCAGGCAGUCGGUCGCCAGGACGUCGGUCUUUAUGAGUGCUCGGCUGAUAACGGAGUGAGCGAACCUGCCACGGCAACGAUCGACGUGAAAGUUUUAUAUCCGCCAGAGAUUGAAAUUGAACGAAGCUGGAUUCACACCGGAGUUCACCAGGAGGCCUACCUCACUUGCAUCGUUCACGCCGAACCGGGAGCCAACGUUUUGUGGUACCGAGAGGAGCGAGUGAUUGUUCCGUCUGACACGCGCAUCCUCGAAUCUUCCAACAACAAACACACUCUCAUUUUGCGCAAUGUCGAGGAAGCCGAUUUCGGACUCUAUUCGUGCACCGCCGAUAAUCUUCUUGGACGGUCCUCUCAGAAUAUUGAACUUUCAGGUCGACCGAGCCGGGCAAUUUUCAAAAGUGAGCCGAUGGGUAACUCGGCCGACUCUUACAAUUUGACAUGGAAAAUCGACAGUUAUGCGCCCAUCGAAGAGUACAAGCUCAUGUUCCGCAAACUGUUUUUCAACGAAACGGACGACCUGAACCGCGUCUGGAAGUCAAUGAUCAUCCCGAUGAACCAGGGAAGUUCUAGUGGGCGUCACCUUCAUCACAAGCAGUCUUACAUGUUCCUCCAGCUUGAAACAGGAUCGAUCUACGAGGCUACCGUGACGGCAAGAAAUCGUUAUGGCACUUCCGAGGCUAGUGAGGCGUUCCAAUUUCACACACUUGGACCUGAAUCUGUGCCGAACGCCAAGAACCUGGAAAUCAAAGACGUCGGAGGAAUUGACAUUGGCUUGAUGGGCAGCGGCAGUAGCAGUCCCGCCUACAGCAAGCGGAUCAAUGGACUCCAAUGCUUGAGCUUUGCCCUUUUGGCAGUUUUGGCUACCAAGGCCUUUGUAUCCGUUUAAUUUCAAUUCAAUUUUAUCGGUGUGUCUAUUUUUUUUUUCCUCCCCCAAUAUUUUUUAAACAAACAAAAAAAGUAUCUUUUCCUUUCAUCUCGUCGUGAGUUGUGUGAACGUGUGCGUGUUUCACAAGUUGAAUAUCCCUUUUACUAUAAAUAUUUAAAUGAACCCCUCAUAAAAAAAAAUGAAAUAACAAACAAAAAAAAAUAAUCAAAUAAACGAGACGGACGAAGAGCAUCAGAUUGACACGGGAGAGGCGUGUUAGGCAUCAGAUUUUGGUAUCACACAGCAGUCCUUUUAUACAGCAUAUAUAUAUUUAUAUGUUGUAUCAAUACUUUUCGGCGUCCAUAAUAUGUACUACUCGAUAUAACUAAACAAACUACACUCGAUCGUAUCCGAUAUAUAUUUGCAUAGACUGUCUAGCUGUCAUUACGUUAUAUAUAUUAUUCGUCUCAUAUUCCUUCAUUCUUUUUUUCCAUUUUGUGUUACAUUGCGAGUGUCAUCCUUUCAAAACUGUCGUAUCCUCAUCUUUUUACUAAUAACCCUUCGUCAAGUCUUUAAAAACAAAAAAAUUCUUUGCUUUUUUUUCCCUCGAUGCCCACACACACAUAUACACCGACGAGAAAAAAUAUACGAAAAAUGUCCGAGAGA